AUGGUAGCCAUCAACUGCCGCCAGCAUGCAUUCUUCGAGACGACAAAACGGCUCCUCGCUGAGCUUGUUAAUGAAGGCUUGGUCCAAGCAACAGUCGUCGACUCCAAGGCCGACGCAGAACAAAGAUGUUUGAAGCUGAAAAGCAUCACUACCGGUGAUAAUAAAACGAUCACCGUCAGAUUAAGGCCAGGCACGAUCAUCGAGACAAGACUCGAUCAAACGAUCGGUGUUGUGCGCCCGGAUAGUUUGCAGCCACCAGUCGUAUUGCGCCAUGAUGAAACAGAAACAGAGGAGCUGGACCCUGGCUAUAUCUUCACUUUCAUCACUUCUUGGUUGGCAGACGAGGCUGAAAGCACGACACUCGAACAAAUCGCAUUGGAAUUGCAGAAUUCCGCGAGGAAUCAAGUGAAAUGGCUGGAAAUAAGCAGAAACCAGACCGAACCGACUUUGGAGAGCCCAUCGAUUACUUGGGAGAGAUCCCUGGUAUACGGACAUCCCAGCCAUCCAUACCACCGGCUAUGCUACGCCCAAGAGCCUCUCCAACCAGUCGCCCCGGAGGAUAUCCCAGCAAUGCUCACCCCGGAUCUCACAUUCAUCUCCAUUCCGCGAACUGACAUGCACUUUACCGGACCUUUUGAAGAAACCCUACAGCCACUGCUGAGGAAACUUCAACUUCCGGAGCCCUCUAAUGAACGAGCAAUCGUCCCCUGUCUCACCCAACAGCUCCCCUCUAUCACUCAGCGCUUUCCCAACGCCAUCAUCCUCAAGACCGUCAAGGAGUGUGCAGAAGCUCAAGUCUCAAUGCGCACACUAACUAUUCGCCCCGAGCUAGAAUUCCCAUUCCAUCUCAAGAUGUCACUAGCAUGCAACAUCACCUCUGCUCUACGAACAAUCACCCCCUGGACAACACGGAUUGGGCCACUUCUAUCGGAAAUCCUCGAGAAGUUCCUACCCCCCGGUCUGUGGAUGUUUAAAGAAUUAGCAGGAAUGACAGGAUGUCAAAGUGAUUUCAAUGAAGCAAAGCAUUUCUCAUGCAUUAUUCGAGACGACAUGGAGGAAAGGGCGAACGCAAAUAAUGAAGCUCUGGCUGUCGGUGCCUCGCUUGCUGAAAUUAACCACGACACGGGCAAGUCGUGUGCUGAGAGAGUGUUUGGUCUGGAGACUGUCUCACAGAAACAGGAAUGGCUACGCAGCUAUGUAACACGCCUAUUCGAAAUCGCUCUCCCGCCAUUGGUCCUCCAUGGAAUUGGUUUUGAAGCCCACGGCCAGAAUAUCGUCGCCCGCAUCUGUCGUCAGACAGGUCAAAUCAAGGGAUUUGUCGUCCGAGACUUUGGAGGUGUCAGAUUGCAUGUUCCAACACUAGAAAGCCAGGGCAUCUGUUUCGCCUCAUUGCCACCUGGAGGAGCAGUGUUGACUGAUAACAUGGAGAAUGUGUGGAGCAAAGUCCACCACUCUUUGCUUCAGAACCAUGUGGGAUUGAUCCUCACCUCGCUGGGUCUGGAACGAAAUGGCGGAUGGGGCGUUGUGAGAGAUGCUCUUUCCAGUGUUCUGAAGCCAGAGCAAGGAGGAACAAGGGAGACACUUUAUGAGUACUUCCUCAAGGAUACGAUGCCGUUCAAGUGCUUUUUGAGAAUGAGAAUGGCAGGGAAAUAUCGCGAUUAUGUGGAGAGGGAAGUCCCGAACGUCCUGUUGAUCGAUUCGGACCGUUGGCAGUCUGUGCUGCAGAACUAUCAGCCAUCGAUUCAUUAUACAUAG